GUGACUUCAGUGGGUGAAGGCAAAACAACAGCGAUUAUCCGGAGUCGCCGAGCGCACGAAAAGCAAAGAGUCCUGUCGACGAGCAUAUAUAUAAACAGAUUCUACGCAGUUUAGGUAGCCAGCUGCUGUUCUGCGCUUUUAAAAAUGUCGUCUUUUACAAUCGAGAGACAAACACCGACCACUUCGCUGUCUAUUGCCGCCGUUGUGCUGUGGGUUAGUUUUGUUAGCCUGGGGGAUUGCCAAACAACUCCAGCACCUAUAACUCCCUGCUCUGCCCACAAAAACUGUGACACCUGUGUUCCACAUGCCAAGUGUCUGUGGUGCUUUACCACCAACAACUGCACAGAAUACCCAGUGAGCUGGCUGCUGCCUCCAUCUUCAGUGUGCCAGUUGUCCCAGGCCCGUUGGGGAGUGUGUUGGUUGAACUUUGAGGCCCUGAUCAUUGCCCUGGCUGUGCUCGGUGGAACCAUCCUCCUCAGCAUCGCUGUGUGCUGCUGCUGCUGCUGCUGCAAGAAGCGUCCAUCAGGGCCUGACAGAGAUGAGGAGAGAUUUGCCAGGAAGAGAGAGGAGAUCAAACAACGCUCUGAAGAACGGAAGGUGGAGAGAAAGGCACGGCACGAUGAGAUUCGCAGAAAGUACGGUCUGAUGGUGGACUCGGACCACCCAUACAGCAAGUUCGAGAACGAGUGAAACAGCUGCACUGGAGCGCUUCCUCAGGCAGCGUGUUGAGCUGGUCUUCAUUUUUUUUUUUUUUUAGCUUGGAGUGAUGCCCUGUCCUCACACAAACCGCAAGCAAACGAGACAAAUACUGCAGAGCGUUGUCCAGGAUGAUUCCAUUCAGACAGAAAUCACCGUUUCACACUUUCCACAUAACAAACAUUGAUCGUCGAAUUUAUUUUUGCCUUUGUGAUUCUUGAGGAGGAGACAGUAUUUUGUGUCGGUUCGGAUGUUGAAGCUUGUUUUUAAACUUUCUGCGAAUUUCCUUUGGGUUCUGAAAUUUCUUUUCAGAGUUCUCUCUUUUUAAAAAAUUUCAUAUCAGUCUUUGCACUUUGUACAUAUAGUUUAGAUUUUUGAAAUGCACAGUAGUGAUUGUACUGCAGAUGUGUUCUGACACACGAAUAAAAAAAAAAAAAUCUCUU